AUGCCCCUCCUAUCCCUCACCCGCCCCUCAGAGACCGUCUGGCAGAUCUCCCUCAACUCUCCCCCCGACAACCGCCUCACCCCACCCCUCCUCGCCGAGCUCGCCGAAGCCCUCGACAUUGUCGAGCUAGAAUGGCGCAACGCUGGCGGGGGCAUCCAGGACCCCAAAAAGAGGAGCACUUACAAGAAUAAGGGAGCUGGAGCGUUAGUAUUGACGAGUGGGUGUGAGAGAUUCUUCAGUAAUGGACUGGACUAUGUGGGCUCGCUCAAGGUCGACAACUUCUUCCAAGACGUGUUUGAUCCUGUGCUAUGGAGGCUCAUGACGUUCCCUCUCGUCACUAUCGGAGCUCUCAAUGGACAUGGCGCGUACCAUCACUACCGCUUCACCUUCGCCGGUGGUAUGGUAAUCGCACUCGCUUGUGACUAUCGCAUCAUGACCUCAGGAAAAGGCUGGAUGUGCAUGUCUGAAGUAACAUUCGGCGCCCCCCUCCCCAACUCUUUCGGCGCCUUCCUCCCCGUCCUCAUCCCCAACCCCCAGCACCUCCGAGACACCAUGCUCGCGAGGCGAUGGACACAGCCAGAGUUGUUGAAAAUCGGCUUGAUUGAUGAGAUCAUCAAGCCCGAGCAAGUCUUGAAGCGAGCGAUAGAGUUGGGAGAGAGGGAGGGGCCGAAGGUAGCGCCAGGGAGCUGGGGGUUGAUCAAGGAGGACCUUCGCAAACCCAUCAUUGUGGCUUCUCACGAGCCUGCAGGUUCGAGGCGGCUCGAUAGCGGCCAGAUAUUCUUUGACAGAAUUGCCAAGGACCGCAAGAAGCUGGAGGCAAAGGCCAAGCUGUAA